AAUCUGUGCAUCGUAUUGAAAAAUUAGCUCAUAAAUAAAAUAAAAAUAAAACAAGACGCAAUGAAAUAAGGUGUUAUGGUUAAAUUGUAUGUAAACACCUAUUUCUUCUCUUGAAAAAUCGAUUUCAAUGAAAGAUGGCGCAAAGCUCGCACGGUGGCAGCCACCGGCGGAGUCGCGACCACGAGGGUACCUCCUCCCGCUUCACCAACAGCGAUUGGGAGGCCAAGGAAGCCCUAUACCAGAGGGAACUAGACGAGGCCCGCGCCCGCGCCACGCAGAUGGAGAAGACCAUGCGCUGGUGGUCGGACUGCACCGCCAAUUGGCGCGAGAAGUGGAGCAAGGUCCGCACCGAACGAAACAAGGCAAGGGAAGAAGCAAAACAGCUCAAAUCCAAAGCAGACACUCUCGCUAAAGAAGUCACCUCUUUAAAGUCUGAGAAACAAGACAUAGAAUCGCAGCUGGCGGAAGCGAAACGCGACAAUGAGAAAUUACUCAGCAUCGGUGAGAGCCGAGUGCUAUCAGGAGAUUUGACUGUGGAAGACGGAGUCGAGUUGAGGAGGAGGAAUGUCGGUUACGUGUCCCCGAACGAUCAGCCGUCGAUAAGGCAGCGCGCGUCCCUCGACUCGCACAAGUUUUCGAACGUCGACAAUGUUCUCGCGAACAAACUGGCCGAGUUGCGGCUGCGAUUAGACGAAACAAGCAAAAGCUUGCAAAGCGAGAAAGACCAAAAGGCUUUCCUGUUAGACAAAAUAGAAACGUUGACAGCUGAAUUGCACAACGCCAAAAUGGAACUCACCCAUGGAGACAGAACGAUAGGCUCCACGGAUUCUAGUCAUAGCGAAGUAGAAAGACUCCAGAACGAACUGCAAGACGAAAUAGCAGCCAAACAGGUGCUGGAAGAGAAGAUUGCCGAAUUAAAGAUGGAAGUAGAGAGGCUGAAGUCGGAGAACACUGUGCAAUGGAGCAAAAGGGAGUUGUUGGAAACGGAAAACGUAGCCAUUUUAAGGGAGAACAAGAAACUGUACAGCCAAGUGUGCGAAUUGAGGGAGCAGAUUCACAAGCUGAAUCGAAUAUCUGACGGCAGUGUGUACGGUGUUCCGUUCGUGAGUGAGCAUUCUAAAUUGAACUCUAAUGUGCUGUACGUAAGGAAGUCCAGCGCGAGCCCUAGAUCGCGGGACUCCAGUAACGGGUCUUCGGAGGCGAAUCUCGCACAGUCGGACGCUAAAGCGUAUACUUCGGGCGAGGACGAAGAAUUAGCUAUAAUCGAACGAAACGAGAACUCUUGAAAGUAAGUACUUACUUGAUCGUGACUUCCUGCAAGUUAGCUAGAGAGUCGUAAAUUCACAAUGCAACGAGGAUCGGCAACAAUUUUUACUUUUGACAAAUCAACUAUUGAAUUGUUAUUCUCUUUGAUUGAGAAAAACCAAAAUCCAGAUAGACCUUUGUCAAAUAUUCUGUCAGCAGCAUGGCAUUAUUAAUAACAGAUACUUAUUAAUAAGUCCAUGGUCAGUAGUGUAUCAAAAUAAUUUAUACAAGAAAACAAGAUGAAAAAAAAAAUGAUUGAAAUCUUGGCAAUCUGAAAAGGUCACAAUUUGUAAUUUUACCAAACAAUAACAAAAUAGGUUGUACCCACAUAAAGUUAAGGCCUAAAAAUUUCGACUUUUAAUCGAUCUCUAAUUAAUUUUAAUUAAAGAAUUAGGAACAUAUUUAAAAUAAAAAG